CCAAAGUGAGAGAGGAGAAGAGAAUUAUUCCUGUGUUCAUGUCUUGUGACUGGGUGCACCACCAAUCCCAGUCCCCUCAGCUAGCUGCCACAUGUAACUGCAUUAUUACAUCACAUACACAAAUACCAAUUGUAUGUGCUACUGCCCGGGUUACUUUGUAGACUCAAUAAGGCAAUAACCUGCAUUAAAACUACAUGUUUCAUGUACAGUACAGCAUGGAGAAAUGACAUUUCAUUGCACAAAAUAACAAGGACAUCCAACCAGCUGUAUCUGAACUACACCUCCCACCAUCUCAAGAACAAGAACUCUGUCAACUUGUAUUUCAAUUUGGAGGUGCAAUGGUAUAACUGUGCCAGAAAGUGAAUCUGCCUUCAAUACAAAUAGAUGCAAUUUCCAACUGAAUGGGCAUAAAAAAUACAAAUGUGGAUGAGGCCAAAGCGAGAGGCCUUCAGGCAGUACAGAGUUGGCUUUGAAGUCAUUACAGUGUCGACUACAGGAGACCCUGGGCCCUCUGGUUUCCAGAAAAACAGCAGCGGUGACUACAGGUGUGGUUUCUGCUACAUGGAACUGGAGAAUAUCCCGGCUGGUGUCUAUAACAUUAUAACUACUACAUUUCUGCCUGCCCAGGAGGGACCCUUCUUUUUAGACUUCAACACCGCAUUAGCCAUUAAGGUGACCCAACUCCAGUGACCCGGGAAUUAAAAUCCGUUCUUCCAAGUGACAAAGAUUUGCAAGCAGAUUCCCAGUUCAAAGAGGCAUGAAAGAUCCUGCAUUUCCCUGAUGUGACAUUGUGCAUCUCCAGUACGGCUCACAGUCUUGUACAAUCAGAAUCUUCAAGGGAGUUGGGUACCACAGACAGCCCAAAUGUAACUUGUACUUGAAUCUUGUUUCAAAGGAUAGUGCUAUAAAA